AUGGAAGUGAAAUUGUUAUUUGUUAUUGUUGUUGCAUUAGUAGCUAUAGAUCACAGUGAUAGUAAUGAAAUAAUCCUUGAUGGAUGUCGAGGCGAGUGUUAUGGUGUUGAAGUUCCAUAUCCAUUUGGCAUAGGAAAUUCAAAUGUAGGUACUCCCUGUUUUUUGGAAAAAUCGUUUGAACUUACUUGCAAUAAUACUAUUUCCAGUUUAACAUUGGGCAAUAUCCCAGUCAUAAGCAUAAACAUCUACCAAGGUCAAGCAGAUAUGUUGAGUUAUGUCUCCAAAUAUUGUUAUAAUAGUAGUGGCGUCAGCUCUACAACUACUGACAUCACACUCACAAGUAUUCGUUCUUUCACCAUUUCAAGCAAAGACAACAAGUUUAUAAGUGUUGGCUGCAAUACUUACGGCUAUCUUAAUAGCUUCUACAACAAUACAGAAGGUUAUUCAACCGGGUGCUUAACAAGAUGUUAUGGCAACAAUAUGGAAAUCCAUGACGGAUAUUGUUCCGGCAUUGGGUGCUGUGAGGUGGAUAUUCCUCCCAGAAUGAGAGAGAUCUCAACUAUAGCAGGUACCUUUGACUUUGAGAAUUUCACAGGGCCUCUGGACUUCAACAACAACUGUAGCUAUUCCUUUGUUGUCAAAAAUGGCAACUACACGUUUUCGAAGGAACACUUGGUGAAUCUACCAUUUGACACCUCGACUGUGGUGUUCGAUUGGAGUGUUGGAAACGAGACAUGUGAAGAAUCUCGAAGCAAAGGUACUAUCACAUGCAAGGGAAAUAGUACAUGUGUGGAUGCAGACACUGGAUAUGGUUAUCGGUGUCAAUGCAAGAAAGGCUUUGAAGGAAAUCCAUACCUUCAUGGUUGCACAGACAUUGAUGAAUGCAAGACAGGACAAAAUUCAUGUGUAAGUGACCAUAAUUGUCACAAUACAAAUGGAUCCUACAUAUGCUUCUGUCCUAAGGGGCAAUCUGGAAAUGGUACCAAGGAAGAUGGUUGCCACAAGAAAAAUGUCCUUCCACAUAUUUUCAUUGGUGCAAGUGCAGGAUUCAUAGCUAUUUUGGUGGGGACUUGUCUGCUAUACUUAACUUAUCAAAAGAGAAAAUUCUUCAAAUUAAAACAGAAGUUUUUUGAACAAAACGGUGGUCUUAUUUUGCUACAAAAAGGAAAAGAGUCCUCCCAUACUAAAAUUUUCACCGCCAACAAAUUGAAGAAAGCAACCAACAACUAUGAUGAGAAGUUAAUUAUUGGCAGGGGAGGAUAUGGCACAGUUUUUAAAGGAGUUCUAGAGAAUGACACAGUUGUUGCUAUCAAGAAGUCCAAAAUAGUUGAUGCUGGCCAAUUACAAGUUGAGCAAUUUAUAAAUGAGGUGAUUGUUUUGUCCCAAAUUAACCAUAGAAAUGUGGUGAAGCUUUUGGGUUGUUGUUUAGAAACAGAAGUCCCUUUGCUAGUUUAUGAGUUUGUAAGUAAUGGCAUCCAUAAUGAAAACAAGAGAAAUAAUUUCAAUUGGGAAAAUCGUCUCAGAAUCGCAACGGAGGCAGCAGAAGCUUUAUCAUAUCUUCACUCGUCUGCUUCUAUACCAAUUGUCCACCGAGAUGUUAAAAGUGCCAAUAUUCUCUUAGACGAAGAUUACACUGCAAAAGUGUCUGACUUUGGAGCUUCAAGAUUUGUUCCAGUGGAUCAAAAUGCAUUAGCUACAAUGGUACAAGGAACUAUUGGUUACUUGGAUCCGGAAUACAUGCAGACUAACCAACUAACUGAGAAAAGUGAUGUGUAUAGCUUUGGUGUUGUGCUUGCUGAGCUUCUAACAGGAAAGAAACCUUUUUCAUUUGUGAAGUUGGAAGAGAAUACAAAUCUUGCUACGUAUUUUCUAUCUUGCCUGAAAGAGGAUUGCUUGUUUGAGGCUCUUCAAGUUGGAAUCUUGAAUGAAGGAAACAAGCAGGAGAUUGUGGAAGUUGCUAUUGUUGCAGCAAAGUGUUUGAGACUUAAAGGCGAAGAAAGACCAAGCAUGAAGGAAGUGGCAAUAGAAUUGGAGGGAAUAAGGCUAAUGUCAAAGUGCCACUGGGUUAAUAAUGGAGACAAGAAUUUUGAAGAAAUCCAGCACUUACUUCCGAUGUCAUCAUCGUCAGAAAAAUAUGAGCAUGGUGAUAGCAGCAGUGGUAGUCAUCAAAAUACCAAAUAUGAUAGUAUCAUCAAGGAUCAAGAAGUGCUAAUUGCCUUACCAAGUGGAAGGUGA